GGUCCCAACUUGGGUUCCUACACGGACUAUUUUGGUCGUAGCACGAGUUAAAUGUAUCUUGAACUUCCAGAGUUGACUUUCUCGAUUUAUUCAGGUUAAACUAUUUUAAAUACAAUGUCUAAUAUCACCAAUUUAUCCCGUGUCGUCCACGCAUUGAGGGUCCAACGGCUGACAAAUGUUUUUUGCUUGAAAACACCCGCUUUUGCUUGCAACUUGGCGAGAUUUCUGCACUCGAACUACUCGUCCAGCAGAACUUUCCCAAAGCAUCGAUUUGAAUGCGCUACACAUUACACCUCUUCAGCAAAGAAGGACACCGUUAGGAUAGGAUGCGCGUCCGGGUUUUGGGGAGAUACGGCGGCCUCAGUCCCCCAGCUGAUAUACAGUGGGCAGAUAGACUACCUGGUGUUUGACUACCUCAGUGAGAUCACCAUGUCUCUCCUCACCGUGGCCAAGACCAAGAUGCCUAAUAUGGGUUAUGCCCCUGACUUUGUCCAAAUAGCUAUAGCUCCCUUUAUACAUGACAUCCAGAAGAAAGGUAUCCGGGUGGUCAGUAAUGCCGGGGGUGUGAACCCGCUGGCGUGCGCUGCCGCUAUACAGGAAGUAGUCAAGAAGGCGGGACUUGAUCUCAAGGUCGCCGUGGUGACUGGAGAUGACCUCAUGGCUCAGAAAGGCAGUCUGUCUGAGGUGAGAAUGGCUGAUGGGGUGAGCAGGUCUAAGCUGCCUACAACCGUCCACAGUAUGAAUGCCUACCUGGGUGCAGUGCCCAUCCAGAGGUGUCUAGACCUGGGGGCUGACAUUGUAGUCACAGGGAGAUGUGUGGACAGUGCUGUCGCCCUAGGACCUCUUAUGCACUCUUUUGGGUGGAAGCAAAACAACUAUGACCUGUUGGCAGCUGGGAGUCUUGCAGGCCAUCUCAUAGAGUGUGGUGCCCAGGCAACAGGUGGCAUAUUCACAGACUGGCACACAGUACCCGACUGGGAUAACAUGGGAUUCCCAGUGGUGGAGUGUUCAGCUGAUGGUUCCUUCAUUCUGUUGAAGCCGCCCAAAACAGGCGGAUUGGUUUCGUUCGGAACAGUUGCCGAGCAACUGGUGUACGAGAUCGGUGACCCGCAGAAAUACCUGCUUCCUGACGUCACCUGUGAUUUCUCUAACGUCAACAUCACUGAAGUAGCAGGAGUGGAGGGAGGGGCUGUCAAAGUGACCGGGGCCAGAGGUUUUGCUCCGUCCAAUGACUACAAGGUGUGUGCCACCUACAUGGAUGGGUACAGGGCUACAGCAGUGUGUCCAGUAGGGGGCCCCAGAGCCACCGAGAAGGCCAGACGCACCGCAGAGAGCAUCAUCAAACGGACGCGUCGGAUGUUCAAGCAGCUGGGUCUGGAGGACUUCACCUCUGUCAACAUUCAGGUAUUGGGGGCAGAAGAUACCUACGGACCACACAGCAAUAACACGACCCCUAGAGAGGUGGUAGUCUGGAUGGCUGUGCGUCAUAAACAGAAGAAAGCUCUGGAGUUCUUUGCCAGGGAGAUAGCACCUGCAGGAACAGGCAUGG